UGCCAAAUCCCACACUUUCCUUUCCUUCCUUCUUUCUGUCUCUUCACACAACAACCCCCAUUUGUCAAUAAUUCCAAUUAAUUAUGAAACUGAUCACUUAUAACCCAAAAAAUCUGUUUAAAUCUAAAAAAAAUAGGUCUGUUUCUAGACAUAAUAAUAAUAAUGAUCCAUCUUCUUUUGGUUCUUAUGCCACAACAUCUUCUUCUGCAUCAUCAUCAUCUGACACUACAUCAAGUCAUCUCCAAUCAAAAUCUAAAUUAAAAAAUAAAUCUGAUGGUGUGGCUACUCCCACAAGUGUUUUGCAACAUGCUAAUUUGCAUACACAUGAAAUAUCCUCUGAUGAAUGGUCUGAGAUUUCCACUGAUGUUCAGUUUGAAAUGAUGCAAGCUUUUAGAUUUAUAGACAAGGACGACGAUGGAAAGAUAACAAAAGCCGAGCUUGAAGCGAUUCUAAACCGAAUUGGAGGAUCAGAACCCCAAAUCCAUGACGAAUUAACAAUUAUGUUAAGCGAAAUCGAUAGAGACGGUGACGGAAUAAUAACUCUCGAGGAGUUCGGGGCGAUUAGCGCCGCAUUCGGACCGCCAUCUUGCGAUACCGAACUUAAAGACGUUUUCGAGUUUUUCGACACGGAUAAGGACGGUCGGAUCACAGCCGAUGAAUUAUUUGAAGUGUUUAAAUCGUUAGGAGAUGGAGAUUGCACGUUAGAAGAGUGCAGAAGUAUGAUUAGUAACGUUGAUAAAAAUGGUGAUGGGUUUGUGUGUUUUGAGGACUUUACACGUAUGAUGGAACAACAAAAAUGAAGAUAUUUUUUGUUGUUUGUUCGAUUUAUGAUCAUUUUGAAAGGUGUAACAUUUUUCUCUUUGGGGGUGGUACAUGACAUAAUAUGAUAAUAUGAUAUGAUAAAAUGGAUUAAUUGGAAUAAUAUCGUGUGCUGUUUGCCGUA